UGGAAGAAACCGAACCAAAUCCGCCCGACCAUCUAUCGUGGGGGACGAAAUGCCACCGCCUUCCUCCCUCCUCCUCCCUCUCAAAUCGCCCCUCCAACUCCCCUCCCUUCCCGCCUCCCUCUCCCGUUUCCAAUCUAAACGACACCCUGCGCCCUCUCCAUUCACCAAACCCUUCUUCCCUCGUUCCUUCACUCCCCUCGCCGCCAACCCCACCUCCUUCCCCUAUUCCUUCCCCCCUAACCCCUUCCGAAACCCUGAUCAAGAAGCCCGAGAGAUCCCAACCCUUGGAGGCGGCGACGAUGACGAAGACGACGAGCUCAUCGUCGGAGACUGCCUCGUCUUCGAAGAAGGAGCCUUCGAGGACGGUGACCCUUCUCCAACACCCGACCCCGGCCGUGAGGUGGAGAGGCCUCGGAGAAGGAAGCCUGCAGCCGCGAAGGCAGCUUCAGCGCUGGAACAUGAGAAUUUAGUUCCAGAGAAGUGGAAAGAGGCGGUGGAGGAGAUCAAUUUGACCAAGAAGGAGAAGCGCAAGAUUUCUCAUCAAUUGAAAUUUGGGAGCCGGUUGGAGAGGAGGAAGCCGCCCCCUUUGCCAGACAUAGAGGAGUACAAUGCAUACAGAGAGAUGAAGCUGUCCCAGUUGAACCCCGUGGUCCUUGAUAAUCCCCGUGAGUUCGCUCUGGAGAAGGAGGCGGUGGUGCCCCCAGAGCCGGGGGGAGGAAGAGUGGCUCCAAGGAACCCAAGAUUGGAAUUGGGUGGAGGGACUUUGGAGAACAUCAUGGAUUUCUUUAACAGUGGAGAUUAUGUGCCCGAGGGGAUUGAUGAUGACAAGAUGCCACAAGGUCGUCGUAAGCUGUUCACAAAGGAUGAAAAAGUUCUUUUGAACAAACGCAUGCCUACUUUGGCAGAAGCUACUUCAAGCAAGUGGCUGCCUCUACAUACUCUUGCUGCAUCAGGAGAGUUUUAUCUUUUGGAUGCAUUACUUAAACACAAUGUUGAUAUUAAUGCCAUCAAUAAGGAUGGUUUAUCUGCAAUUCAUAGAGCAAUUCUUUGUAAGAAGCAAGCAAUUUUCAACUACCUCCUUAGAAAUUCAGCAAAUCCUUUUGUCCGUGAUAGAGAUGGAGCUACCUUGAUCCAUUAUGCAGUCCAAACCGCAGCAAGUCAGACUAUAAAGAUUCUUUUGUUGUACAAUGUUGACAUAAACCUUUCUGAUUAUGUAUGCUUGUAA